AUGAAAUCUACUUUUUUCUUUUUCGUUGUCUUCGUUGCAGUUGUGGCAAUUGCCAAGCCUAAUCCGAGAAUUCAUUCCGAUUCCAGUAGCGAAGAAGGUCCCAAACACAAGCCCCACCACAACCACCAUGGACAUCACCAUCGACGCAGUUCUCCCCAUCCUCCCACAACUGUGGUGAGCCCCACCGCACCAGAAAAAUCUGAUGAAACUACUCCGUUCGCUGAUCUCACCACAACUGAUGAAAUCGUGGUGACUGACGUUUCGACGGAUGUGAUCACCUCCGAGCAAGUUACGGCUUCUGACGACAGCUCUGUGGCAACGUUGGAACCUAUGGAUAAGAGAGCAUUCACCAUCCAAUCAAGACAAGACUCACAUGCCAGCGGUGACAAGCAUCACCGAAGACACCACAGACAUCAUCACCGUCACAGUUCUCCGCAACCUCGCACGACCGCAGCGAGCUCGUCUAGUACGGAAGCUCCAGAAGGAACCACACAGGUCGCUGACGACACCUCUCCAGUUACUGAAAUUGUAGUAACCGGUGCCGUUACAGAAGAAGUUACUGCUGAACAAACUGUAGCUCCUUCUGGAAUUUCUGACGAAACACAGUCGAAGUAUUUCCUCCUCACCACAAACAUCAUGGACAUCAUCAUCGUCGCAGUACUCCACCAGCUCCGAUCACCGACGAAAGCGCCACUGCUUCCAUUGAAAGAGACAACACGGCAUGACGUCACGGUAGCGCCCACAGAAGCUGUUAUGACGAGCGCUACCAGCAACAAUGUGACUGCAGAAGAACACACUACAACUUCAGAGUACGCAACAAGUGAAGCCAUUACCGUACUGGAACAGCUGCUCUAA